AGUAAUUGAAAAAAUACUUUAUUUCUGGGAAACAAUCUGAAAAAAGUGUUUGGAAGGUGAACAACCCCUUUAAUAGCCUCCAUGAUUUUUUGUUGGUUUUCACCAAAAGCUUGAUCAAUUAAAGUAUUUGAGCUUUUACCCCAACUACACUAAUGUGAAUUUUUUCUUAAAUUAGAAACCAUUUGAGUUGUGAGCUCAUUGAAGGUAUAAAAAAACCUCACAAACCUCGAAAACUCGACCUUUGAUAGAAACGUAUAAUUAUUUGACUUCUUUGGUGCAGAAUAUUAAUGGUCUCGUUUUGGUAAGUACCCCUUCCACCGGGGCAAUACACUGAGCUGGCACCUUUGUAUAGGAAAUCGUGCAGGGGCAGCACAGUUAAGCUUCAUUUAGAGGAUGGCAAAGAGGAUGCUGGAAUUGUAGUAGCAGAUGCCAAAUCUACCCCCCAAGAGGGCAGCAGUACGUGGACCCUCCUGCUUCCAUGCGGUCAGCUGCACUAGUUUAGGUGGUAUCGAGUGAUUUCGAUGCAUGUGGUCCUAGUAGUUGUGAAGUUGGCCAUAGAUACUGCUGAAUCGUGGGGCAAUGAGCUUCUAAUAACCCCCUCACCAGUCUCCAUUUAUUGGCAGAGAGGGCAGUGGUAAGGGGUAGAUCUGGGCUUAGUCCCUUGUUCACACUGAAGGAGCCGGCACACUCUUAAAGGGGUUGUUCACAACUAGUUGUUUUCAGAUAGAUCACCAGAAAUAAAAACUUUUUCCAAUUACUUUCUAUUGGAAAUACAGUAUGUUAUGUGUUUUUCUAAUAUUGAAGUGUAAUGCAUCAACUAAAUGUUGCAAAAUUGUAGCAGUUCAGAGUCUGUGCAUGAAUUCAAACACCAGAGGCAGGAAAAUUCAACUUUGAACUUAGAUUUUGGAAAAACAGUAAAAAAUAAAUAAUGGGAAGUAAUUUAAAAAAAUCUUUAUUUCUGGGGAACAAUCUAAAAAAAGCUGAACUGAAAAAAAGUGUUUGGAAGCCUUUAAUGGGUUGUGCCAAUGAGCACAAAGGGGGGGGCAGAAAGAAGGAAAAAGAAAGAGAAUAGACAAAAACAACAGCAGUUCCCUCUGCUCAAACCCCCCCCCCCCCCCCUUCCUGGAGAGAAUCGCUGAUUCAGCAGGAUCCGGGCUCCCGGCCCAAGUAACGUGACUGAUACUCUGCCACUUGCCCUCUUGCACCGUGUGGGACUUUACUCUGGGAUCAACACGCAGCCAUGACAGCUAUAGGGGUGCAGAUCUUUCUGAAAGGCCUUAAACAUCUUCUAAGCGGUGUGCUAUAAACAGUGUUAGUCGUCACCUGCUAAUACGUAUAUUAUACCCAUGACGCAGAAGCCCCACAAUCACCAUCGCAACAUGUUCUUCGAGAUGUUCCUGCGGGUACUGAUUACAGUCAGCUCUGCCCUUGCUAUUAUCCUUUCCUCCAUUUCUGUGUGUGAUGGUCAGUGGAUCUCAACUCCAGAGGAGCCAAUUUUUGGGGUUUGGGACACUUGCAAGAAAGGUUCCAUCCAAUGCAGUGAAGAAAUGGCUUGGCUAAGCCAACACAUGGUGCUGGUCCGUAGCACUGUGUCCUUGGCAGUGGUGGUGGCCAUUUUUGGCCUGGAGUUGCUGAUGGUCUCCCAGUUGUGUGAGGAUGGUCACUCCCAUAAGAAGUGGAACAUGGGUUCAGUCCUACUGGUCAUCUCCUUCUUUCUGUCAUCUACGGGCACCCUGACUUACGCCAUCCUGCUGAAGGACUUCACAGACCUUGGGUCCUUCACCCUCCUAUUCUGGUGCCAGUUUGUGGGAGUAUUUCUGUUCUUCCUGAAUGGAAUCAGUGGCAUUUACUUCAGCCGCCUGAUAGCAUGAACCCAGAAACAGAGGCCACUAUAUUGCUCAGUAGUGGAGGCCAAGUUUAUCAUUGCUAUGGGACUGCUAUAUAGCAUUGGGGACCACUCUACAGCACAGUGAUUGUGCACCAUAAAACACUGUUGUGGGGGCCCACUAAUUAGCCCUGGAUUGGGGGCCACUAUAUACCAAUGUGAUGAAAAGUAACUGUAAUGGCACCCACUAUAUAGAACUGCAAUGGGAGCCAUAAUGAGGACCGCUAUAAAGUAAUGCAGUGGCAACCAUAAUUUAGCACUGUGAUGGGGGCCAAUAUGUAGCUCUAUGUGGGCCUCUACAUGGCACUGCUAUGGGGACCACUAUUCAGCACUGCUAUGGGGGUCACUAUGUAGCAUUGCUAUGGGGGUCACUAUGUAGCACUGUAAUGGGGGCCACAAUACAGCACAUAAUAUAACCAUGCUAUGGGUGUGAUUUAGCACAAGGUAAUUUGUUAGCACUUUGACGGUAGCUGCUAUAUAGUACUACAAUAAAAGGCACAAUAGGGACCAUUAUAUACUACUGCAAUAAGAAGCACACUGCUAUGGGGACCACUUUGUAGCAUUGCCCUGGGGGGGAGGGGGGGACUAUGUAGCACCACUAUAGUAGCCACUGUGUAGCACUGUGAUGGGGGGGGGGUGUACUAGGCAGUACUUUGGACUGGCUUUCUUUUCCAUAGCUCAGCCUGCAAAAACAUAGUCUGGAAUGAAUAAUAUAAGUUGAAUAAUAGGUUAUUUUCUCCCUUUACUGUGGUGAUCAGGAUACCCACCAGUGCUAGGAUCUGACUCAAUAGGCCAUUCGGUGCUGCAUAGGAUUUUUGUAUAUAGUGUGCUAUGUGAAUCCUGAUGAUAAUGUUUUAUGUGAAUUCUGGAGCUCCAUUUUGUUGGCCAAUAGAUGCUAUGUGAAUAAAAAUUGUUGUGAUACUA